AUGAAAAUGGCACACUUUUACUCGCGGAUUGUUGCUGGGAAGGACGACGAGUAUAAUGACUCGGAAUUGGCCAAGUUGAAGAAGAAAUUGUCGUCCCUCGCCGACCACGACGAGCCGGCCAAUGUGCCCGAGGAUUAUGUCGACAGCGAUGAAAGCACCGACCAUGACGAGAACGACUACGAGGCCGUGCGCCACUAUGCUCAGAAGGUCGACGAGAUUCUGGGCAGAAUCGCAAGCCAGGGCACUAAUGUACACCCGGCCAGCAACACCGCGUCGAGCUCGACCGUCGUCCCCGUCCCCGUCCCCGCCCCCUCGUCCGAGGUGAAGCCCGAGUCCGCUGCACCGCCCUCAAAGUCUGGUCCCAAGGGCCACGAGAUGGAUGCCCCGUCUGCCCCGACACAGCAGACGGAGGUCAAGAAAAAGAAGAGGGCCAAGAAGAACAAGAGCAAGCGCCGGGGCAAGAAGCACCGCGCCGCUGGGAGCGCCGGUGCUGCCGCUGCAGGUCCGGCCAAGUCCGUCGAAAGUGCGGACGAGACCCACUUCUACCCCCCUGUUCCUCUUCUGCCCGCCGACCUUCUUAUCACUGAGGCCCGCCACACCUCACCUUCUCCUGCCCCGUCUCUCGACAAAGCAGAGGCCAUGCCCCUCGGGGAGGACUCUAUCCUCCCCGGCACCCAGCAACCUGUCGCGGGUGGUGCUUCAAUUGCCGUCGACGUAUACACGGGGCCGUAUAUCGUCGACCCUGCCGAUUGGCAUCCCGAAGCCCGCCCAGCCGACGUUCACGAGGCCCCUGGUCCAGGAUACGCCCCCGAGAUGGGCGGCCUAGGUCAGUGCCUCCCGGCCUAUGGGCCGGUGGUUGGCCAAGUGACGUCGGUGACGGUGCUUCGGCCCUCGCCAUUCCAGAGCGAGCCUCGCGAGGGGCCGUUCUGCUAUUGGACCCCUGGUUGCUUUUACCACAACCAGGGUGGCAGCAGCCAUAGCCACCCUGGGUGCCACCCUCCGCAUCGAACCUGCUGCUGUGCCCAUGCCCCGGUUGACUGCCUGUUCGAGCAUGUAGUUCGUUACUACUAG